AUGGGGGGCGACAGCGCCUUCAUGAGCAUGCUCCGGAUCGCUGGUUUCCUGACGGCCGCGUGGAGUGCGACCAAGAUCUCGAAGAUCAUCGUCAUCGGCGGGUCGCCGUUGUCGUCCAUCGUGCUGGAGAUCACCACGGGCGUCGUCCUGGGCCCAGAGAUCCUGGGGCUCAUUCCGCCCGCCUAUUCCCUGUGCGAGGCGAAGAGGUACAUCGACUGCACGGAGCCCCCCGGCUUCGCCGAGGGCUACGGGACCCUCACGGACGACCUCCAGUACGGGAUAGAGGAGGGGUACUGCGACCCCCACGACUACGUCCACAGCGAGCACGCUGGCACAGUGGGCGUCAGCUUCACCGCCGUGGGGGUGAUGUACAGGAAGCUCGCGGCCUCGGGCGUCCCAGAGGCCGACUUCGCGGAGGCCCUGCAGGCCCAUGCCGAGGCUCACUACCUGAGCACCGCGGGCCACCGCCGCCUCGAGGCGGCGCCCGACGCGCACGCCGGCGCCGACGGUAUCGAGGGCCCCGUGACCAUCACACUCGGCGACUUUAUGGGCCACGCGCAUGUCGACAUGGUGAUGGCGUGCCCCGACGUCGACGUGUGCAAGAGCAGCCUGACGCACGCCAUAGAGGACGGCAGCUUCCAGGCCAGCUUCAAGGGCGUCAUCGAGGACCUGAGCUUUAUCGGCUACCUGGCCGACGUCAGCUCCAUCGAGGUCAUGGGCGUGUCCGCAAACUGGAUGCCAGGCGUCUUCACGCCACUGUUCAUGAACACGACCACGCCCGAGAUCCGGACCGGGUUCAUAGCGAGCAACGCUAGCGGCCUCUACUACCAGGCUGGUGCCACGAGGCACUACGUGGACAACUCGAGCACGCGCCCCUGGGAUGGAGACGGCUAUCUCGAGAGCUGCUACACCGACCCCACAUUUUUGACCGACGAGGAGAUGCUCGUUUUGCCCGUGGGCGAGAACUGGUACGGCUGCGCCUUCAUUUCGGGCAGCAGACGGCUCCUCGCCGAGGAGGGGGAGGACCUUCUUGCCGACGGGAUGCUUGCGGAGGUAACGGGCGCGGCGCAGGGUGCUCGCUCUUGGAAGCCCUCCUCCGACCCGGCGGCGCCUGCGCCUCGGAGGCUGUCCGGCGGUGGCAGCUACGACUCCUUUGGCGAGUGCCUGACGAAGGAGUGCGAUGCGCACCGGUCCUCAGAGUGCCAGCUGUACCCCGACGUCUUCACGCUCAUCGGCCACACCGGCGUCGCCAUGAUGAUCUUCGAGAGCGGCAUGCACUUCGACUUCGGGAUGGCGAGGCAGGUGGGCCCGUGGGCGUGCGUCGUGGCGUGCCUCGGCACCUUCCUGCCGCUGAUCACCGGCAUGCUGCUCGCAAUGGCGUACGGCUUCCCGGCAUCCCCCGCGGGCCUGACGGCCGGCACGUCCCUGGCGCCCACGAGCGUCGGCAUCUCCUUGCGGCUGCUGGGCGAGGCGGGCGUCUUGGCCCUGCCGUUCGGCCAGACCAUCAUGACCGCGGCCUUUGUGGACGACAUCUUGUCCCUGGUCAUCUUCAACAUCGUCUUUGCCAUCGCCGCCGGGGACGUCACAUUCAUGGCCACAUUCUUCCCGUCGCUGAUGGGCGUGCUCUUCAUGGUGGUUGCCGUCGUCAUGGCCGUGACCGUGUGGCCCUGGGCGCUCAAGAACUUCUUGCUGCCCGGCGCGGAGUGGUUCAAGAGGAAGAUCGAUCCGCCGGACCCAGAGGACCCGCCCAAGAUCUCGGAGAAGGAUCAGGGGCUCUUCAUCAUCAUGAUGGCGAUGCUGAUCGUCUACGCUCUGAUCACCUUCCUCUGCGGCACGCACCUGUGGGGGUGCUUCAUCGCGGGCAUGUCCUACGCCUGCUUGGACGAGGAGCCAGGGCACGCUCACCACGUCUGGGUGAAGCAGACGAAGCGCAUCACCUCCUGGAUGAUUCGCAUCUUCUUCUCCUGCACGGUCGCGUUCUCCAUCCCAGUCGCGGAGCUGCUGGAUCCCAAGGCCUUCCUGUUUGGGUCCAUCAUGGGCAUAGGCCCCUGCAUUCUGACCAAGGUGUCGUGCGCGUUCUUCAUGGGCCCGCCCAAGUUCGUGAUCGGCUGGGCCAUGGUGGGACGCGCCGAGUUCGCAUAUCUCAUUGCUCAGAUGGGCAAGGCCGGUGGCAUGAUCGACGACGCGCUCUUCUCGAUCUUGAUUUGGGCACUCCUGUGGGCCACGAUCUUCGCGCCCCUCAUCUUCCGCCUCGUCCUCACGAAGUUCAUCGCGGAGCAGGGGAUCGUGGUCGACUCCCCGAAGGUGAAGAAGGAUGGCCACCACGGGCAUUCCGAGCCUCGGGACCAAGGAUUCCUGCGCGACGAGGAGGCGCUGCAGCCGUCGGAGGUGGUGGCGGGGAGCCACAGGCAGGAGCACGACAGCACCUCGGCCAAGGUCGGUUCGGGCUUCAUGGCGUCCGAGCCGCAGGGCCACGGCGGCCAGCAGGUGGCGUCGAACGAGAGGACGUGGGAGGAGAGCGCCAUCGUGCCCAGCUCCGGUAAGACCGCCGAGGAGCUGCCCCCCUGCCCCACCGUCGGGAGGUCGUCCGUGGACAAGGUGGGCACGCCCGAGGGUGGCCGCGGCUUCCUGUGCUGCAUCUUCUUCAAGAAGGUUACGAUGGUGUAG